CCGGCGAGAGGCAGGCUGGGAAGCGGCGCCAUAUUGGCGUCGGCCGCGCUGUAUUGUCAUAAAUAGAGCCGGUUUUGUGGUGUUUUCACUACUCGGUUGGAUGCCUCAGCCAUAGUAAGUGGGAAAGUGAGGGAGCAAGCGAGCUACAAGCGACCGGAGGAAAGUGAACAGGGGGAGAAGGGAACAGCAAGAACAGGACUCCAGAGCGAUAAACACUCGCUGGAGAGGGAGACGCAGGAAGCGAUGAAAGAGAUGUCUGCAAACACCGUGCUGGACAGCCAGUGUCAACAAAAGCAUUAUGGAAUUACCUCUCCAAUUAGUUUGGCGUGUCCUAAAGAAAUUGAUCAUAUUUACACACAGAAAUUAAUUGACGCCAUGAAACCAUUUGGAGUGUUUGAAGAUGAGGAAGAAUUGAACCACAGGCUAGUGGUUCUUGGUAAAUUGAACAAUUUAGUAAAAGAAUGGAUUUCUGAUGUCAGUGAGAGUAAGAACCUCCCACCUUCUGUUGUGGCUACUGUUGGUGGUAAAAUUUUCACGUUUGGAUCCUAUAGGCUUGGAGUACACACCAAAGGAGCUGACAUUGAUGCACUUUGUGUAGCUCCAAGACAUGUGGAGAGAUCUGAUUUUUUUCAGUCUUUUUUUGAAAAAUUGAAACAUCAAGAUGGCAUUAGAAACUUAAGAGCUGUAGAAGAUGCCUUUGUACCUGUUAUAAAAUUUGAAUUUGAUGGUAUUGAAAUUGAUCUAGUAUUUGCAAGACUGGCAAUACAAACCAUAUCAGAUAAUUUAGAUCUAAGAGACGACUCUCGCCUGAGAAGCCUUGAUAUAAGGUGUAUUCGCAGCUUAAAUGGAUGUAGAGUUACUGAUGAAAUUUUGCAUUUAGUGCCAAAUAAAGAAACUUUUAGACUCACCCUAAGAGCUGUCAAAUUAUGGGCAAAACGACGUGGUAUUUAUUCCAACAUGCUAGGAUUCCUUGGUGGUGUCUCCUGGGCAAUGCUAGUUGCAAGAACUUGCCAAUUGUAUCCAAAUGCAGCAGCAUCUACUUUAGUUCAUAAGUUCUUUUUAGUUUUUUCCAAGUGGGAAUGGCCAAAUCCUGUGCUGCUGAAGCAACCAGAAGAAAGCAAUUUGAAUUUGCCUGUCUGGGAUCCUCGGGUAAAUCCAUCAGAUAGGUAUCAUCUCAUGCCCAUAAUCACCCCUGCCUACCCACAACAGAAUUCUACGUAUAAUGUGUCCACAUCAACUCGAACAGUAAUGGUAGAAGAAUUUAAACAAGGUCUUGCAGUCACAGAUGAAAUUCUCCAAGGAAAAUCAGAUUGGUCCAAACUACUUGAGCCACCAAAUUUCUUUCAAAAGUAUAGACAUUAUAUAGUAUUGACUGCCAGCGCAUCAACGGAAGAAAACCAUCUAGAGUGGGUUGGAUUAGUAGAAUCUAAAAUCCGUGUACUUGUUGGAAACUUGGAACGGAAUGAAUUUAUUACUCUUGCCCAUGUGAAUCCCCAGUCAUUCCCAGGGAAUAAGGAACAUCAUAAAGACAACAAUUACGUAUCAAUGUGGUUCCUUGGGAUAAUUUUUCGGAGAGUAGAAAAUGCAGAAAGUGUCAACAUAGACUUGACAUAUGAUAUACAGUCAUUUACUGAUACAGUAUACAGACAGGCAAACAAUAUAAAUAUGCUAAAGGAGGGAAUGAAAAUUGAAGCAACUCAUGUAAAGAAAAAACAACUUCACCACUACCUUCCUGCAGAAAUUCUUCAAAAGAAGAAAAAGCAAAGUCUCUCUGAUGUCAGUCGAAGCUCAGGCGGACUUCUAUCCAAAAGAUCAUCUCUGGAUAGCAGUUGUCUGGAUAGCUCCAGAGAUACUGAUAAUGGAACACCUUUUAAUUCUCCAGCGUCCAAGUCUGAUAGCCCGUCUGUAGGAGAAACAGAAAGGAAUAGUGCUGAGCCUGCUGCUGUAAUUGUGGAGAAGCCACUGAGUGUACCACCAGCCCAAGGACUUUCCAUUCCGGUCAUUGGUGCAAAAGUUGACUCAGUAAAAGCUGUAUCAUCCCCUGCUGUGUGUACCAUUCCUACCGUAGUAGGACGAAAUGUCAUUCCUAGAAUCACAACACCUCACAACCCUGCCCAGGGACAACCGCAUCUGAAUGGAAUGUCAAAUAUAACUAAGACUGUUACACCCAAGAGAGCCCAUUCCCCAUCCAUAGAUGGGACUCCUAAGAGGUUGAAAGACAUAGAAAAGUUUAUUCGACUUGAAUCAACAUUUAAGGACCCCCGCGCUGCUGAAGAAAGAAAAAGAAAAUCAGUGGAUGCCAUUGGAGGAGAAUCUAUGCCUAUUCCAACUAUUGAUACAUCACGCAAAAAGAGACUACCCAGUAAAGAACUACCAGAUUCAUCAUCUCCAGUUCCAGCAAAUAACAUCCGUGUCAUCAAAAAUUCCAUUCGACUGACCCUUAAUCGGUAAAAGCAGUGCCUCCUCACUUAAGUGAACAAGCAGUCAUUUAGUGGCAUAGAUGCAGCCACUUGUUUUCAAAUAGAAGUGGCUGUCAUACGUGAAAUAAGGUGAACGUUACAGCCUUCAGCCUAAUAACCUUGAAGUGGUUUUUGAACUAUCACACUUUGACCUGCAGAUGCUGUAGCAUUCUCUCACUGAUUGCUACAUACACUUCUCUGAGGAUCACCUGCUGUCAAAUUGCCAUCUACAGUAUUACAGCUUUGCAUUUGGGGGUUUUACUGCCUUAACUUUCAAUGCUUGUUAUGGGAACCAGUUCUUAGCCACUUGGACACUGAUAACAAGUCCUGAACUCCUUUUUUUGUUUUGUUUUUUUUUUGUUUGUUUGUUUGUUUGUUUGUUUGUUUUUUGUCUUGUGAUCAUUGUAUAGAGCUAAAAAAAUUGAAAACAAACAAAAAAAUUAUCUUGUAUUUUCCAAAUGUGAAUACAUUUACUUUAGCAUUGAAGCCACUUUGUGAAACCUGAGAGAAAUGAAUGUGAGGUAUCUUUUCUGCUUUCCUCAUUUGUGUAGAUGUACUGUCUGUUCUGUUGAUUUAAAUUAUUUUUUUCCAGAUUGGCACAUGAAAUAUUUAAACUUUUUUGUGUGCCUUUCUAUCCAAAUGUUGCAUAGUUACCAGGGAAGAUUAGUCCAGUGAUUACAGAAGAGUUGGGCACCAUAAAUUCUUUAUAUAUUGCCUCCCAUGGAGGCCUUUGAAAUGCAUCUUUAUUAAAAAUCAAAAUAUAACCAGGAUACUGAAAGUCAGUAUAUGAAUGGUAAAAUUGUUACAUAUCCUAUUUCAUGCCAUUCUUGUUAGUUGACUGGUAUUUUUUACUGAGGAGCAACUCAUUCCAGCAUCAACAAUAAGAUACCUUUAAGUAUGGCAAACUUGUAUUUUUGAGGUGUAAAAUUAACUUGGCAUGAUAAUUCCUGACCAUUAUUUAUGCCACAACUUCAAAUAGUUUCUUCACGGACUAGGCAUGCAGAAAUAAGCAGUGGAUUUUAUUGAAACCUAAAGGCAUUUUGAAUGACAUUGUUACCAACCAUUAAUUGGCUCAGGACCUUUGUAAUUUUUAUUUAACUAUAUGAGUUGUCUUUUUUUACGCUGCUUUUUUCAAUGCAUUUCUUAAUAUUUUUUAAGUUUCAUGAAUGCAUGCUCAGUUUAUUAAAAUCCAUAACCAUGUAAUUCUUGUAAUAUGUUGAUUCAGUGUUUUGUAAAUGAAGUCGUAUGUAUUUUCAGAGUAUUUUUGUAUGUACUGUAAGAUACCAUCUUUUCAAAGAGAAACGUUUAAAACCUUUA